UUUAAUAUAAUAAAAUUGGAAUUCCUACAAACAAUGAAAAACUGUUUUCUUCUUCGAGCCUGAAUUAUCGCCAUUAUCCUCUUUGCCAUUGCUUCUUCAGCCAAGAUUCUACUGGUUUACCAGAUAGGAAGACAUGGAGCGAGAAGUGAUGCAGAAACCUUUAGAGGCAUACUUGAGGAUGAGAGUAAGAAUUAUGAGAUCAAUGAACUUUCAUUGACAAAGUUUGGACUCGAACAGACUUACCAACGAGGAGUGGAUGUUGUUAAUAGAUAUGCAGAUUUACUUAAAGAUAGCACCCCUGAUCAGAUCAAAGUUAGAGCAUCUAACUCUACUAGGUGAAUUUUGAGUGCUUAUUCACAACUUACCGGCAUGUAUGGAUCUGAUAAGUGUAAGACUAUCAUAGAACAAUACACUAGCGUUGAUAAAACCAAAGAAAUAAAUUACUUAAAAGAUCUUGAUGUAGAUGCCAGAAUUUGACUAAAACAGUUUAUCACUAAAGUAGAAGUCCAAGAAACAGGUGACUCUCGAUUUCAGAUGCUUGAGAAAGAGUGCGCUUUGUGUAAAAAUCUCACUUCUGAAGAAUCUAGAAGUCCCAGAACAAAACUACUAUUUGAAAACUAUGAUGCGAUAAUUCAAGAAUGGUCCGAUAAAUUUUAUCCGUACAUUGCUCAAGCUGAUCAUCUUAACUUCUGAGGUUACCUUGUGUCUAUUGUUCAACAUGACCUAAAGUUGAACCCAUCCUUGUUUAAUAAUGACUACUCACAUGACAAAAUAAUAAGUCUAUGCCAAAACUAUCUGUUAAAAGACUUGAAAGAGGUAACGACUAGAUCCCCUCUCUUAUGGAGAAUCUUGUCUUCAGAUUUUCUUAAAGAUAUCAUACAUGCUUUCGAUGAAGUUGGCUGGGAUUUAGGUCAUCUUAAGAAGGAUAGAGUGCUCUAUUACUAUGAUUCUGGCCAUGAUACAAACUUAUUGCCUGUUUUGAGAGCGUUAGGAACUGAUAUACAACAACCUAUUCCAUUCGCCUCUUCUUUGUUCUUUGAGCUACACGAAGAUGACAUUAACUCAGAAUUAUUCGUCAAAGUGUAUUUUAACGACAUUGAGGUAGAUGUAAACAUUCUUGAACAAAACGAUCUUUCCUCUAAUCAGCCAUCUGAUGAAGAGACCUCAGAAAAACUUGUAAUGAAACCAGAAGAGUCUGAAAAAUAUGACGAGCCAGAUGAAGACAGUUCACUCUACUAUAAUUUCAAGAGAUUCCUUCUAAGAAGGGUUCUCUCCGAAGACGUUGAAAGUUACUGAGGAAUGAAAUUGGAUGACGUAUCCACCCUAGAAAGUACCACAGGAGAGCCCCAGCAAUUCCAAACUCAGACGUUCAUGUUCAUCUUCUUUGUGUCAACAGUUAUGAUAGUCUCACUUUCAGGAAUAGCAAUUCUGAUCUACAUUAACAAAAGCCAAGAUGCUCAAAUGAAGAGAAUGGAGAGUCCAAAAGAUCUGCCAAUAGCAGGCAAACACUUCAAGUUCCAUGAUGAAAUGGAUAAUGAUUUUUGGGACAAGACCACCAAAGAUGCUGUUGUGGUAUAA